AUGAAAGAUCUCUACGGCUUGUAUUUGGAGCCUUCAAGUUUUACCGAAUCCAUCAUCACCUCCUUCGAACUUUUAACAAAGUUGAGCAAAUUCGACAUUAACUUGAAUGAGGAGAGGAUCACCAUGGAAGGGGAACAAUGGCUAUCGCCAGAUCAGGACAGUGGUGACGUUCGGGCUUGGCCCAUCCUUCCCACACCACCGAUAUUUCUUAAUCGCAAAGCUCCUACCCUUCAGCAGACAUGUUGGGCAAACAAACUGAAGGGUGAUUAA